UGGACAUUAAAAAUGUCUUUCUUCAUGGAGAGCUCGCUGAAGAAGUUUAUAUGGAGCAACCUCCAGGGUUUGUUGCUCAGGGGGAGUCAGGCUUAGUAUGUCGUCUUUAGUGCUCUUUGUAUGGGCUAAAACAGUCUCCAAGAGUAUGCUUUGGACGAUUUAGCACUGUAGUUCAACAGUUUGGAAUGUCUCGAAGUAAUUCUAAUCAUUCUGUAUUUUUCCGUUAUAAUGGUGAUAGAUGCAUCUACUUGGUGGUCUAUGUUGAUGAUAUUGUUAUUACAGGAAAUGAUCAUGAUAGAAUCUCUCAGUUUAAGCAACAUUUGUUCAGUCAUUUCCAAACUAAAGAUUUGGGGAAACUGAAAUACUUCUUGGGAAUUGAAGUGGCACAGUCUAAAACAGGUAUUGCAAUUUCUCAACGGAAAUAUGCUUUGGAUAUAUUGGAAGAAACAAGCAUGUUAGACUGUAGACAUGUGGACACUCCCAUGGAUCCAAAUAUUAAGCUUGUUCCUGAACAGGGGGAGCCACUUAAAGUUCCUGCUAGAUACAGAAGAUUAGUCAGCAAGCUCAAUUAUCUCACUAUCACACGACCAGAUAUUUCCUUUGUUGUAAGUGUGGUUAGUCAAAUUCUUCAAACUCCAUACAGUAGUCACUGGGACGCAGUCAUUGGCAUUCUUAGAUAUAUCAAAGGAGUUCCAGGACAAAGUCUACUCUAUGAAAAUAAGAGUCACUCACAAAUUAUUGGCUAUUCUAAUGCAGAUUGGGCAGGUUCUCCUUCAGAUAGACGAUCUACUCCAGGAUAUUGUAUUAUGAUUGGAGGGAAUCUUAUAUCUUGGAAAAGUAAAAAACAGAGUGUAGUUGCAAGAUCAAGUGCAGAAGCAGAAUAUCGAGCUAUGACUUUAGCAACAUGCGAACUCAUCUGGUUGAAGCAACUCCUUCAGGAAUUGAAAUAUAGCGAUACUAGCCAAAUGAAGUUGAUAUGUGAUGAUCAAGCUGCCCUCCAUAUUACAUCAAAUCCAGUUUUUCAUGAGAGGACGAAACAUAUAGAGGUGAAUUGCCAUUUUAUUAGGCAAAAGAUUAAGUCCGGAUGCAUUUGUACUAGCUUUGUCAACUCAAACGAUCAGCUACCUGAUGUUUUCACAAAAUCACUUCGAGGACCACGAAUCAAAUAUAUUUGUAACAAGUUUGGAGCAUAUGAUAUGUACGCUCCAACUUGA